CUUUCAGCAUCCCUCCUCGCCUCCAAUUGUGUGUAUAUCAUCCGGUAUUGCGUCGAGUGCAGCCUCCGGCCACGGCAGACACGGCUCUCUCCCCUUUUUGGUGUCACCAUCCAGUCCUCUCUGAGACGCUAGCAAGUCCGACGCAGACCGCACCUGCCGCCGCCGAGGUACUUUCCUUGUACGUCAGGUCGAGCUUCUUCUCACGUCCCGUCCAGUCGCUCUUUCCUUUGACGCCUGCCUUGCUCUGCCUCAUGAUCGCGUCGCGUCCCCUCACCACGUACACAAAUUUGUGCCUCAAACUCUUCCAUCCCACUUGACUCUUCCUUCCCCGCCGUUGAGGUUGUCCGGCGUCGUUUGUCUCGCCACCACGUGGCCCCGACCCGCGGCCCCGGGUCGCCACCCCCCUGGGGCUGCCCCGAAACUCUCGGGUGUGACAAGACGGCGCAACCCCAGGGGCGCGAUUCGUUACCGAGCGGUCGGAUCGCAGCCCUCGGAGAUUUUCUUUCUCUUUCUCUCUCUCUCUAGUUCCCUCGCCCCCCGGGACACGGGACAAGGGGGAGGGGGCACCAGCAUGCCGCUGGGCUUGCACGCCGUGGCGCGCCCGCCUUCCCUUGUGUUGCGCUCGCCGGACGACUGACCGCUAGUUGCGGUGUCGGGCCGUCGACGAAAGCUCCCACGAUCGCAUGCCGCUCGGCCUCGCUCAUCGAUCGUGAUGCGCGGCGGAUGCGUCUCUUCCCAAGACGAAGACACCAGUGCCAUAGCCCCGGGACCCUCUCCUCGCCUCGGUCCGUCUUCUCUCGCGCAAGGGGCACGUUUGCCAUGUGGCGCAGAGAGCCGCCUUGCUCUGUGUAACGUUGGGCGGCCCGAAGCCUCUUCUCGGCCCAAGGCCGAUGCAAACGAGAGCUUGGUGCAACUGCCGUCCGGAUCGUCCCGUGAUUCAUGUCCCUCGAUGGCGGAUGCGUGCCGGUUGAGGAACGCCAAUGCUGACUUGGAGCAGGUUUUCGAGCUACACCAGCGGUAGCGUCCAGUUGCCUUUCCUCCCCAGAGCCGGAGGUAACCUCGACGCCUCCCCACCGUCAUGGCCAAGUUCAGGGUCCCGUCGUGGCUCCAGUCGCCGUCGCCCGCCGCCGCGGACGCAGAGAAAGAGCGCAAGAAGCAGAAUCGCCGCUCCUUUGCCGGCUUCUCCAGUCUCAAGGCGCGGCCCGAGACCACCGUAGCCUCCGAACCUCGUGCUGUGCCAAAUGAAAAACCUGUGCCUCAAGAGGGAGCGCCUAAUGGCCAAUUCCGCAUGGUUGAGCUCGCCAAGAAGAUUGUCGCCGAGUCUGAAAGGGUAGAGACGUAUUUUAAGAACAACAGCCUACCAGAGCCAGCAUUCGGCGUCGACGCUCCAGAAGACUAUCCCGACCUACCGAGCGAUGUCCAGCAGAGUCGGCAAGAGAUUGCCAACUCGUGCCAGGAGCUGGAGAGACUCGCACGGGGCCCCAGAGAAUGUGUGAGAUGGGGCGCGUGGGCUUUCUUGGAUACGCUAAGUCUGCAAGUCGUCAACAAAUAUGAUAUUGCCAAGCUUGUACCCCUGGAUACCCCUAUUCCUCUGUCGGAGCUGCAGACCAAGACGACACUCGACCCAAUCAACCUUGCCCGCGUCCUGCGUCAUGCAAUGACCAACGGCAUUUUCUGCGAGCCAUCGCUCGGUGUCAUAGCUCAUACGGCCGCCUCCCGCCUGCUCGCGAGUGACAUCGGCCUGCGGGACUGGGUUGGAUUCAACGCCGAGGACCACUUUCCCGCGGCAGCUCGCGUGGUGGACGCCCUACAAGCGCACCCGGAAGCCACCUCACUUACACAGACGGGUUUCAACUAUGCCUUUGAUACUGUCGACAAGGAGCCCAUGUUUGUAACGCUGGGCAGGGAUCCCAUAAGAGCAAAGCGGUUCGGUGGUGCAAUGAUGAGCUUGACGGGAACGGCCGGGUACGAGGUACGGUACUUUGUCGAUGGAUGUGACCUUGGUGCCGUGAACGAACAGAAGGGCACUUUCGUGGACAUUGGCGGCAGUCAUGGGUUCGUCUGUGUUGAGCUGGCAAGGAGAUGGAACGCCAUCAAGUUUGUGGUGCAGGAUCUGCCCAAGACGGUUGAGUCCGCGCCCAAGCCCAUAUAUGAGGAUGAGUCGGUGGCGGAGCGGAUUGACUUUCAGGUGCACGACUUUUUCAAGGAGCAGCCCAUCCAUGGCGCCGACGUGUACUACUUCAGAUGGAUUGUGCACAACUACUCCACCCCAUACGCGGUCAAGCUUCUGCGAAACCUGGUGCCCGCGCUGAAGCCCGGCGCUCGUGUUAUCAUCAACGAGCACUGCCUGGAACAGCCUGGGGUUGAUGGCCCGUGGGACGAAAAGCUGAUGCGCAGCAUGGAUAUGGUUAUGCUGGCGCUGCUGAACGCCCAGGAGCGCCGCGAGGACGAGUUCAAGGCGCUCUUCGCCGAGGCGGACCCGCGGUUCGCCUUUAAAGGAGCCAAGCGAAUCGAGGGCUGCCGCAUGAGCAUCGUGGAGGCGGUGUGGGAGCCCGAGCUUUCCAAAGCCACAGGAACCGAGCAGAAUGGCGACGCGGAAGUGCCCGACGCGGACGGUGAGUGAGUGUGAGCAGCUGAGGGGCCGAGCGAGUCAUUGCUGGUGUGCACUGUACAAAUCUGUCAUAUACAAGAUGUCUACCGGGACAAGAGCCAUCUAGUCGAGUCACGUAUUCAUAUGAGAUUAAUAAAUAGGGACAAAAAGUGUG